GCGCCAUGAAGACGCCACUGCAGCUGGCGAGCUGUGUGUUUGCCGCGGCGCUGGCGGUCUCACUGGCCACCGCGGCCGGCUCCGGCGGCGGUCGGGUGAGUCUGCCGCAGCAGCAGGGCUUAGAGCUUGCCAUGGAGUACAGUGGGGACAUGGGAGAUGAGAGGGCCUCUGGCAGUGGAGAUGGCCUGGAACCGCACGAAACUGUGGAGUUGGAACGCGUCUCUAAUGUCAGCGGCGACGAAGAGUCGAGCGGGGGUCGGGAGGACAUGUUUGGCAGUGGAGAUGGCCUGGAACCGCACGAAGCCGUGGAGCUGGGACACAUCUCUGAUGUCAACGGCGAUGGAGAGCCGAGCGGAAACCGGGAGGGCAUGUCGGUCUCUUCUUUUGAUGGAGGUGUUGAAACACCGGAAGAACGCGUCGAAAGCCUGCCGUCGGACACGAUGCGACCAGACUGGGACGCGGCGCUGGACGGACUCCAGCGGCUCGUGGAGACGGGGGUUGGCGCGGUGAUCGCACCGCAUCUAGAGCAGCUCAACGCCAGGAUCAACGACCUCGGCGUGGACGUGCUCCGCGGGUCGGAGCUCGCCACAAACAUCACGGCAGAUAUGCGGCAUGUGUUGGACGGACAGCGGGAGCUGUCUCACUGCCACCAGCAGCUCGGCACUCUGCAGACGGGCCAGGAGGCGGUCCUGGAGCUACGGCAGGUCGUACAGCAGCUUCAGGCGGACCACAGCGCAAUGAGGACGUCUCAGGGACAGGCGAUCGAGAUUUUGCGGGCCGACCUCUCCGAGCUCCGAAACAAUCACAACGCCCUGUUGUCGAGCAUCGCGGCGCUCAGCAGCGGCCAGCGGGUUAUCCAGGAGCGGCUGACUGUGCUGGGCGCUACCACACAGCGCUGUCCAAACGGCUGGAGUCACAGAGGCGACAGAUGCUACCUGAUCCCUCCCGAGACAACCACCUGGUACCGGGCCCACCGCGCCUGCUCUCUCAUGGACCCCUCGGCCCGGCUGGUGUCCGUGCACGAGCGGAACAAGCAACACGUGACCGCGGUGGUGGCCGCCAGUGACUGUGGCUAUAUUUGGAUAGGUCUGAGUCGAACGGCCGAAAAUGGCUGGGGCUGGAGCGACGGCACGGAACUGGACCACACGAACUGGAGCCCCUCGGAACCCAACAACAGUGGCGGUGCCGAGAACUGUGUGGAGAUCUACGGGCGAAGCACCCACACCUUGAAAUGGAAUGAUAGAUCCUGUGACGCGAAAAUCUGCUUCAUGUGCCAGAUCAACUUGUCAAAUUAGCAUCCUGUGUCCUGAGCAGUGUAAGGGGAUGGUUUGUGUGGUUUACUGUCGUUCAUUAUUACAUGGCCUGAACGGUUUCGUCGUGAAUAAUGCGACGCAUGAAAUAGUCUGAUUUCAUAUGACGGAGUGCUGGUUCGAGACUCCAAAUCAAACGGGCAUAGCAGGGUAUUGACACACCACAACGUCAUGAUGCCAAUUAUGUCUAAAAAAUUUCGGCCCUGGGCUUUCUCCCGGGUGAGUAUAGACAACAUCACUGUCAAACAUUCAAUUUGCGCGCUCAAAAAAUCAUGUCCACUUGUCGGUGUGGGUAGUUACCGACGAGUUCCAUAAUACGAAUGCAAAUGUGCAUGCAUAACAUUUUUACCGAUACUGACAAGUGGGCACGUUUUUUGAGUGCGUGAAUUUUAUGUCCGACAGCAAGGGCACAGCCAAAGCUUUGCCAAGGGGGCACAGAGCUGACGAAGGGCCCUCUGAUAGUAAAAGACCCCCCGUUGAAACAAUCGCCGGAUAUGGCCCAUUUUUUAUUGAGGACGAGGUUAACUCAUAUACAUCUACAUACACACACACACACACACACACACACA